GUAGGAGAGUAGGAGGGCUGUUCUUGAGUUUAGAGCGGCAAGGUUGUUAUUCCGGGCCUCUCGUUCGCUUGCCUGUAAGUCCUCCUCCUUCAACCAGAAGCCUAGUCGAUCGUCACAUACCCAUCUCUGCUUCUUCUUCUUCUUCCUCACUAAUCACACCAACCAUCACCAAAGGAGCGCCUUCUUUUUCCGUUUUCAUCAUCUCCAACCUUUCCCACUCACCCCAGUAGUACUUGAGCAUAGUUCACUAGCUCGCCUACGCCGGCCGGCCCAAGGAGGCUCUGGCCGCCUUUCGGAGCUUCAUAGCGGCUGGCAUCAUCCCAGAAAGCCAAGAUUACAAUGCUCUGGUUAAGGCACUCUUGGAAGACCCAGAUUCUAUUGAGGCUGCCAAGCAGUGCGUGCUGGACAUGGUGCGCGAUGGACCCUGCAUUAUUCAUGUCAGUGAAAUCUCAUACAUGCCCGUGCAUGUGGGUUUUGUGAAGCAGGGCAAGGCAGAGGAGGGGAAGGAGUUUCUGAAGGAGAUUAAGGCCAAGGGCUUGUGGGGAGCUCAAGAAAAAGCAUUGAGGGAGGCUCUCAAGAGCCAAGAAGAAUCAGAGGUUCAAAGUGUCCUUGACACUGUCUUGGAUGAUUCAGACGAUGAAAAUGAGGACAACACGAUACCAGAACAUUUCGAAGGUAUGGAAACGUUCUUCUAUAAGAAUAUCAAGACAUUGUUCCCCUUUAGACACCAUUGCGCGGCCAUGAACAUGUUCAACGGUUUGGUGGAAGACUACCAAAAUUUAUGCCAAGUAGAAGUCUACCAAAAUUUAUGCAAAUAAUACAUUAAUGCAAAUAAAUGCGUUUUUGCUGGAUCUUUUUCUUGGUUUUUUCCUUAUUUUGUCUCAAUUCAUAAUUAAUUCCGCACCUCUGGAACAAGCUAAAUUACCAUUAUGGCAGUAACUUUUGUUCAUACAAUCUUAGCUGCUUUUGAAGAUCUUUUCUAAAAACUGUCUUGAAGCAACUAAUCCACGUUAUAGUGGCAACCCAAUUAGAGUGCCAACAAUAACCAUAUGUUCCAAUCAAACUGAU